AUGUUCGUUGCCUCUCACACUUGGCUGUACGGGACCCUGGAGCAAGCCGUGGACCCCGCCAAAGUAAAUUCUGAUCAGAAGGAGACGUGGCCCCUCGUGCUUCCUAAGGGCGAGUACAACUUCGUCACGCGCAAGGGAACCCCUGUUCCUUCGGCGACGAUGCCCCAGAGGGUCCGCUGGGUCUGCGAUGCGAAAACGCCGCCGUGCAAGUUGUCGCUGCUUUUCGUCCGAUGGGGUGGCGAGUACUCCAAGUGGAUGGACGAGCAGGAGGCGAACGACGGGGACUGGGGCAAGUAUGGCUCUCCACCGAGCGACGAAUACAUGGGUCACGUCGUGGAGAAGGGUUUCAAGAAGCACCCGUCUCUCCACAGCCCCGAGGGCAUGCCGCAGUGGGAGUUGCACCAUGUCCUCGUUGCGAGCUCGAAGGACGCUCUCCAGAUAGUUCCUCAAGCUCACAUGAUCCGCGCUGGGAUGAAAGGUCCCCGCCGCGCAGCUUUCUGGAUGUUGUGGCCUGCAGAGUGGGAGGACUUCGGCGAUCCCGACUACGCCUGCUACGUGGAGCGUCAUGCGAUGUUCGCUGCCAUGCGUGCCUGCGAGGCAGCUGCCAUCCGCAGCAUUUUCCCACAUCCAGCUGACCAGUACGAGCUCAUCACCUCCAAAUCCUGGAUGGCGACGCUCUCGCUCCAUCCAGGAGUGCGACUUCCAGCUGCCACCCUGGUGAGCAAGGGCGCUGUGAAGGUGAACGUGGAGGCGGCUGCAGAGAACGCACUUCGAGCUCUGCACCACAUUCGGAGGUUGAACCCUUUCCCGGUUGAGGAUGGAGACCCCCCAGCACCGUCAGCUGUCAACAAGGACGGUGUUGUCAAGGGCGUGGUGAAGCUCGGCUGGAGCUGGGAGAACCGCUUCGUCGUCACCUUCACCAGCCCGAAGCACCUGCAGGCGAGACUGAAGGAGAUGAUGAAUCAGCAGGGCUGCCUGGCCACCUACUGUGUGGUACAGGAGUGGGUAGAUUUUGAUUUCGAGAUGCGGCAGUACUACCUGCCACCACCGACAUGGCCGGCUGAGCAUCCCAUCCAGCCGACCAUGAUACAGUGCAAUGCUUGGGGCCCGUCGGAUGACUCCAAAAAUGUGGGUGUCUCGAGAGCGAGCUUCUCGAAACUCACGGAGGCUAUGGUGUUAGACAAGUGGGACGGCGACAAAGAAGCCUGGGAAAUGGCCAAGGAGAAGGCCACCAGCAUCGCUCAGAUUCUGUUGGCCUGGCUGCUCUCCGCAGAGCACCAGCCGAUACCCUCCAUGCGCCUGGACUUCAUGGUCAAGCGCAUCGGCCCGGGUAAGGCGAGAGUGAUCUUCGGCGAAUACUGUGAGCAGGGCGCCUGCGUCCUCGGCUGGCUUGAGGGGCCGCCCACGAUUUGGCGCGCCUGUGUGGAUGCUGCCCUGAGAUGA